CAUUGCGACAAAUAAUAGACAUCAAGUAGACCCAGAAGACGCGCAGGUGCAAAGUUAAAACAGCUGUAGAUUGUUGCUAGUUGGAAGCUUCAUCAGCAGCAGUGUCAACAUUCAAACGUCAUAGUAUCAAGUCAAGCUCUAGCAUUGACAGUAAUUUAAAAAAGGGUCAUCGUGCGUUUAACUAGCAUUAAAUUGACAUUAAACGCUUUGGGCUGAUUUAAAAAAAAAAAAAAACGAACAAGAUAAUAAAACUAGUGACGAAUAUGUAGCAGUAUGACAGUGACAAGUUGAGAAUCAACCAGUUAUCACCACAACAAACCAAUGUGCUGCUUAGUUAAUUUUUUUUUAGAUAAAUAUUCAGUGACAAUCGCCUUGAGAAAGUAAUAGAAUCUAUAUUUGUACUUAGUACAUAUUUAAUAAAACAAUUUUGUGCAAUAGAAUAAGUGAUAUAUGUAAUAUAACUGUGCGAUAUAUUGAGCUGAUGCGGUCAGAGUGACGCAACGGAUGAUUUCAUGAAGCUUUUUUAAAAUUAAUUUAUUAAAUAAAUAGCACGGACCAUAAGCUUGCGUCUAGUUGUGAUUCAUAGUCACCAGGAAACUUAAAAUUCAAAUUUUUAAAAUUACCAAUGGCGAUUAUUAACUAAUUCUCAAUAAUUAAAUUCAAAUUAACUGUCUAAAAUUAAUGCACUUAUGUUUUAAAGUCCGUUUAAUUAUCUUUUACAGUAUAUUGUAGACAUAUACCUAUACCUAUACAAUUAAUAUAAAAUUUAUGUGGCAGUGAUAAGAUAUCUUACACCUCCAGGGAUCCAAUGUCAUCGGUUUCUUACUUUAGACUUUAUUUUUCUUACUGAAAUGAACUUGAAAAUGUACCGCGACGCUUUACAUUCACUAAAUAAAUCGAAUAAAAUAGUAUUCUUCCACAUUAUCGCCUUGCUGAGUACAUAAAAUCGAUAAAUUAACUUGUUGUGUUUAUAAAUAUUGUUGGUAUCGUGGAAUGAUACUGAACUCAACAGCCUUAAUAUGCUGAAGCGUAAAUUAAGUUUUAUGUUAAUUAUUUUAUCAUUAAUAAUUAGUAUUUGUUGCGGAGAAUUUAUUAAAAUAUCACAGCAACCGGCAAACAUUCUUGAAGAUUUCUUUGGAUAUCGUCAUGUAUCCAUUAUACAUUUCAAUGUCCCGGAAAAUGUUAUCACCGCUGCCUUUAAGUUUACUGCUAAGGAGACAAAGACUGGGGGGUUGGGUAAUUGUUCACCACGAGAUGUUUCAGUUUACUUAAAGUCCGGAAGUAUUCCAUUGGUCCAUCCUGAUGGAUCAAAAAUUAAUGCUAAGCUAUUGAAAAAUCGUAGAAAAUUUUAUCACCUCAAUUUCACAAGUUCCGGUGAUCAUUAUUCAAUUUUAAAACCUUCGCCAAGUGCUGGCGAUUGGUAUGCGAUCGCAUUUAGAUCAUGGACUGAUCCUGAUUCUGAAAAAAUUACUCAGCAAGGUAUAGGAACAGCGUGUGAUACUGUUCUUGAUGCGGAAUUGUCUGUCGAGCGAGUAGGACAAUCAGUAUUUAUAAAAAAUAAUGAUGAAAAUACUAUAACGUUAAGUAGUAAUUUAUUGGAAACUGCAAUGAUCCGAUUCUUUGUACCUGGAGAUCAACAAACAGUAAAUAUUUCGUUGAUUUCAUCAUGUGAAGAGUGUCGAGUUGCUGCUAAUGUAGUUGCAAAGGAAACGUUGAUUGGCGCAUUGAUUAAUCAAACUGAGACAACUCUAGCAUUUAAGCCUUACGUUAAUUCUUUCCACUUUUUGACUCUCCGUCUUCUCUCGGGUAAUGCGACAAAUAUUUCAAUUGCAUUACCCAUAGAUAAUUUAUCAUUAAGUGACGACAUUUUUGACAUUGAUAAUUAUGAUACUGUGGCUGUGAAUAAGGUACCACUGACAAGGAGAUCUCUUCCAGAUUUUUUUUUAUUUGACUACGAGCAUUUAUUAGGGAAUUCUAGUAAACCUUCACCGGUUAAUAUCACCGUUGACAGUCUGACAGUACUGAGUUACCAAGUAGCACCAGUUUACGAUGUCGGCGGUACUGUAUCUAUUGGUAUCAAGUUAGUCAAGAAGUCUGAUGACAUUGUAGUAGUUGGAUGCGUCUCUCUAGGUUACUAUGCUGGUAUCACAGCAGGCGGAGGUUGUAUGAAACAAAACUCGCUGACAGCUGCUGAUCUUUGGUCAAACAGCACAAAACCGACAACUAUUCAUAUCCCAUAUCCAGAACCAGGAACUUGGCAUCUGAGUAUGAAAGCUUUUUAUAUCGAAUCCAAGUGCAACUGUUCAGUGGAGUGCCGUACGAGUGGCUGUAAAUCGUGCGAUUGCAUGAACGAAACAUCAACAAGAGUUGAAACAAAUAUCGCAUCAUCACCGUGUAUCGAAGGCCAUUGUAAUUCAAAUGGUCGCUGUCUUCAUUACAUGACUGGUGGAUCUGUAUUUUCAGCAUGUUACUGCAACGGUGGAUACCGCGGUUUUGAUUGCGCCGAUGACACCUACGUUUUGACUGGCGGAAGUAUUCUCAUACGCUUACUACUCCUGACACUGAGUAAUCUAGCAUUUUUGGCUUCAAGCUACGUCGCAUUUCGUCGAGAAUAUUACACAGAAGCUCUUGUUUACGUUUCUGUGAUGUUCUUUUCAACAUUUUACCAUGCUUGUGAAGCCGGUGAAAAUAUCAUGAGUUUCUGCAUCACAAAACUCAGUGUACUGCAGUUCUGCGACUUUUACAACGCGCUGUUGUCAAUCUGGGUAACUUUGGUGGCAAUGGCGUCAUUUGGACCUCGACUAACGGCUUUUUGUCAAAUAAGUGGAGCUAUUGUUCUUGCACUGGGUGCUGAACUUGACCGAACAGCUCUCUGGGUAUUUCUGCUACCCGCUGUCACUGGAUCCAUUCUAAUCGGAGUGUCUUGGGGCCUACGCUGUCGCAGACAACAUAAUUUUGGCUACCCUGCGUCAAGAUACCGCAAUGUCUAUCUACCAACUGGACUGGGCCUCGUUUCCGUCGGGUUAAUUUGCUACGCAUUUUUACAGACACGUCGAAACUAUCAUAUUAUCCACAGUUUUUGGCAUGUCUGCAUUGCAUUGAGUGUUGUUCUACUUUUACCAAAACGUAAACAUAUGAAAUAGUAUCGGAGAUCGCUUGACAACGAUUAUGAGUCUUGUGACGAAGCUAUUCGUGCAUUCUCAUCGCCCGUUGUCAGCGAUUUUGAUCAAGAAUGUGAUUUGAGUGACUCAUUUUUGCAAGCACUCGACGAUUAAUUGUGUGACCAACACUUUGUUAUGCAAUUACUGAUUAAAUAUGUGAUUUGAAAUUAUAAAAAGAUAAAAAUAAACACAAACUUUAUUGUGAUCUAUAUUUUACACUUUUGUGUGCUGUUAAAGAUACCUAUAUAUUUGUAUAGAAUGCACUUGAUGCACAAAGUAUAAGUAAAAAAAAUAAUAAUUAUUACUAUUGAUAAAUAUUGUAACUACAA